AUGAGUAACAACGAGAAUGGAGGAGCGAGCUUUAAGCUCUACCGCUAUACGCCCUCUCUCGUAGCUGCAGUCAUCUUCAUUGUUCUUUUUGUCCUUGCGACUUUCUAUCAUCUUUACCAAGUUGUUCGCACGCGAUCCUGGUUCUUUACCGUCUUCGUCGUUGGGGGAGCCUUCCAAAUUAUAGGUUACAUUUGCCGCGCACUGGCCCACGACAAUACGGAAAAUAUCCCAAUCUACUCAGUCGGCACAAUCAUGAUUCUUCUUGCUCCUCCUCUAUAUGCCGCAUCGAUAUAUAUGACUCUGGGUCGACUUAUCGUGCUUCUAGACGCUGAGAAGUUGAGUUUGGUGCCAGUAAAAUGGCUUACUGCGAUUUUCGUCACAGGAGAUGUAAUCGCGUUUUUGAUGCAAGCAGCAGGCGGCGGCAUCAUGGCAAGCGGAACGAUCAGCGCGAUGACCACCGGUGAGCAUAUCACGAUUGGCGGUCUUGCCGUACAAUUGGUGUUUUUCACUGUGUUCAUCGUAGCUUCGUCAAUAUUCCACUACCGUAUUCGCAAUAAUCCCACUGAGAAGUCCGUCAGCCGAUCGGGCACAACCACUUGGGAAGUCGUCAUGACUGGACUGUAUGUGGCUAGUAUUCUGAUUCUCAUCCGAUCAAUUUUCCGCCUGAUCGAAUACGCUCAAGGCAACAAUGGAUAUCUCAUAAGUCACGAGGCUUUCAUGUAUGUCUUUGAUUCAACGCUUAUGUUCUUCGCCAUGGUUACGAUGAGCAUUUUCCACCCAUCCAAAGUCCUUUCUCGGCCAUCGAAACGACAACGCUCUUCAAAGAGGUCUCGUUUAGAGCGCAUGGAGCUGUCUUCAUCGACAGAGGUUUAG